CUUUUAGAUGACAACAGCACAUCGGCCCACUUUCCACCCUGCCCGCGGUGGCACGGGCAGGACUGAGGGAGAUCUCUCGAAGUUGUCGCAGCAGUAUUCUUCGAAAGAUAUGCCUUCGCACACCAAGUUAAAAUACAGACAGACGGGUCAAGGAACUGAGGAGGAGCUCAGAAGAAAAGAUUUGCGACGAGAGCUGGAAGAGAAAGAGAAGAUGGUUUCACGCGAACGGCGCAGUCGUGAUUCCGGUGCCUCAGCGUCGAGCAGUAAAAGAGCGAGGCUUGAAGAGAUUACUCAUGCUGGAGUCGAUGCUGAUGAGCCUCUCGAUGAGCCCGAUUCUUCGGAUGACGAUUCCGAUGAAGAUGACACUGCAGCACUGAUGGCCGAGCUGGAAAGGAUCAAGAAAGAACGUGCAGCGGAGAAAGCUGCGAGAGAAGAAGAGGAGCGGAAACAGGAGGAGAAGAUCCGCAUGGAAAAUAUUCUGGCUGGAAAUCCCUUGUUGAACCUGAAUGAGCCUAGCUCCUCAUCAGCGAAUGGAGGCGAUUUCAAAGUUAAGCGAAGAUGGGAUGAUGAUGUCGUUUUCAAGAACUGUGCUAAAGGUAUUGAUGAGAGAAAGAAAGAAUCUACAUUUAUUAACGACGCAAUUCGUUCGGAGUUUCAUCGGAAGUUCAUGGAUAAAUACAUAAAAUAGUUUCUUAUGCAUUUCUGUGUUGAUCACUCCCCGUUUGAUCUUUUCCAUUGUUCAUGUUAUUCUCAUGGGUUCUAUGAAAUAAUUAUUGCACAUGAAUCUUCAACUUUU